CCACCACCACCAUCACCAUCACCAGCAUCAGCACCACCCCCACCACCAACAUUGCCAUCACCAUCACCACCACCAGCAGCACCUUCACCUGCAUCAGUGCCAUCAGCACCUCUAUCACCUUUACCUCCAGCAGCAGCAUCCCCGCCUCCACCAUUAUCACCCCCAUUAUGGCCACUACGCUGCCAUCGCUUCAUCGUUAUACCAUCUGAACUGAUAGAGGAGACCUCUUCGACACUGAUACAACAUGGAGGAAAGACUCGAUGGGAAGGGCAGAAGGAAGACGACAUGCUUCCUAGGAGCCCAGGGGACAAGGCCCAGAAGCACAGCCCUCUGCAGCAGGCCUGGAUUCUCCCAAACACCCACCCUGCUGGAGACAGUGUCUCACAGCUGUGUCUCAGCCUCCUUGCCCUCUCUUUCCCAUCCCCCCGCCCCCCUCCCACACCCACAGAGAACUCGUCCCCACCAGGUGCAGCCUUCGUGGUUUCCCAGCACCAGAGACGGCCGUGGAGAGAAACCCAGGAGAGGUGAGGAGGGGAGGGGCAGAACCCUGGCUGCACCCAUGGGAUUGGCCAACCUGCGCCCUCUCUGCCAGCACCUGACUAGAAGGUUUCUCAAAGAGACAGUGACCUUAGCCACCACCCUGAGCUCUGCCCAUCUCAGCCAUGAGGUGGGCACCCCGCAUGCAGAGAGGGCCACAGGGGCCAUCCUUGAGGCAGUGGUGAGGUGGGAGGAGGCCACCGGGCCCCGAGGGGGCCACGAUGGACAAGUUCCGGAUGAUCUUCCAGUUCCUGCAGUCCAACCAGGAGUCCUUCAUGAAUGGCAUCUGCGGCAUCAUGGCACUGGCCAGCGCCCAGAUGUACUCCGCCUUCGACUUCAACUGCCCCUGCCUGCCGGGCUACAACGCUGCCUACAGUGCUGGCAUCCUGCUAGCACCACCCCUCGUGCUCUUUCUGCUCGGUCUGGUCAUGAACAACAACGUGUCCAUGCUGGCAGAGGAGUGGAAGCGGCCGCCGGGCCGCCGGGCCAAGGACCCUGCCGUGUUGCGCUAUAUGUUCUGUUCCAUGGCCCAGCGAGCCCUCAUUGCACCCGUCAUCUGGGUGGCUGUCACCCUGCUUGAUGGCAAGUGCUUCCUCUGCGCCUUCUGCACUGCCGUGCCAGUGACUGUGCUGGGCAAUGGCAGCCUGGCACCCGGCCUGCCUCCACCCGAGCUCGCCCGCCUGCUGGCCCGGGUGCCCUGCCCCGAGAUCUACGAUGGCGACUGGCUGCUGGCCCGUGAGGUGGCCGUGCGCUACCUGCGCUGCAUCUCCCAGGCCCUUGGCUGGUCCUUCGUGCUGCUGACCACACUGCUGGCAUUCAUCGUGCGCUCUGUGCGGCCCUGCUUCACGCAGGCUGCCUUCCUCAAAAGCAAGUACUGGUCCCACUAUAUUGACAUCGAGCGCAAGCUCUUUGAUGAGACAUGUACGGAGCAUGCCAGGGCCUUCGCCAAGGUCUGUAUCCAGCAGUUCUUCGAGGCCAUGAACCAUGACCUGGAGCUGGGUCACGCCCACGGGGCCCUGGCCGCAACCCCUGCUAGCUCUGCUGUCCCGGCUACCACCAAAGGUGCUGAGGAGGAGAAGGAGAAGCUGCGCGGCAUCACCGAUCAAGGCACUAUGAACAGGCUGCUCACGAGCUGGCACAAGUGCAAGCCGCCCCUGCGGCUGGGCCAGGAGGAGCCGCUGAUGGGCAACGGCUGGGCUGCGGGAGGGCCCCGGCUUCCACGUAAGGAGGUGGCCACCUACGUCAGCAAAGUGUGAGCCGUGGCCAGCAUCCGUGAGGAGAGCAAGUUCCAGAACGAUUUAUCCUCUUUUCACAGAUGGGAACACUGAGGCCCACAGGAAAGUCAUGAAGUAUGUUGAGAGCCAGAAUCUCCUAAACCAGUCCAGAGCCUGAGGUUUCCAACAUGAGAAGCUUCUUAUGAACUCCACGGAUGCUGCCCCAGGCUCACCACUGACUCAGGGCCCCUUCCUCCACCCCACCCUACAUCACAGGGUCAAGUCCAAGCCCCUUAUCCACUAGGAUACCCACUCCAGCUUUUAUACCCAUAGGGCUAGAGGCCUUGAGGACACAAGCUCCAAAGAGUCCUAUGUCCCUCAGUAUCUAGGCACUACCUGGAAUCCCAAGGGGAAAGCCAGUCAACAUCCCACAUUCCCCAAUGCCACAGGCCAGUUCUAAUCUCCGCCUCAAGGGAAGCUUGUGGUACUGAUCUUCAAGAACUUAGGUGUCUGAGGGAGAGAGACCUGAGCUAGAAUCUCAGCUCUGCCACUUACAUGUGACCCUGGCAAGCCACUCACCCUCAGGAAGCCUCCACCUCCUCUACGCACACGGGGGAUGUGACAGCUCAGUGCGGGAUCUCAAGGAUGGGCAACCAGGGGUGGAAAGCAACUGACGCAGAGUAGGAGCUCAGUGAACAGUGGCUGCCGUCAUUCUUCCCGUCUCCAUCCUUUCUCACCAGCCAGGCCUCAAUCCUUGUUCUCAGAAGCAAACAUUUAUCAGUCAUCUACUGUUCCACAGGGAGCGCCAGGCCAGCCACUGUAGCGGAUAAACAGCAAGGCUGUGCCCUGCCUUUGGGUGCCCACCGGCCUGAGCUCCUUCCUCGUGCCACCAGGAACCAUCGAUCCCGGUCUCCUCCUGCCUCCACCCCUGCCGUCGGUCCCCCGGUCGACCUGUCA